UAUGUAGAUAAUGGUUUCAUAUACGUUUCAUUACUUUUGUAUUUUUAACUGUAGAGAUCCGAUCCGCAAAUGAGUUACUUAUUUAAUUAUAUACUAAUAGUUGACUCUUGUAAUUAUUAAAAAAACAUGGAUGGACAAGACUUAAUUAUGUGCGGGUUUCUCUACAGAAAGAGAAAAAAGAAUCUGCACUGCAAAUAAAUAUGGACCACACACACAGCAGAAAAAGGUAAAAUAUCGGUUGCCACAAUUUUUCUUUUUUUGAACUUGAAGGAAACAACGUGAGAAACGAAAUCGAAGUAGAACAUUCCAGAAUCCAGAUCAUCACAGAAGGCCUUGAGAUAUUUUCGGGCUUCUGGAACUCUCGUUAUCAAUGGGGUCUACUCCACAAUUCCAUUUUUUUGUUCUUAAAAAUGUGAGCCAGAGAUUGAAGAAAGAAAUUCGACGUGCUUAUCGUAAGCUUACAAUGCAAUGGCAUCCUGACAAACACAAAUUUCAGCAAAUUGAAGAAGCAUAUUCAGGGUUUCUCCGAUUUUGUUCAAGAAAUGGUGUCUCUCGUGAAUGGCACUUGCUCUGUUUAAUCAAGUAUUGGGCUUAGUUGGUGAAUUCGUUAUGAUGAAAUUGAUAUUGAAAACAGCAUGGAACAAGUGCAAGGCAUGUUUUGGGAGAUGGAUGCGAUUCCUAAAUGGACAUGUGAAGAAACAAGUUCAAAUAUGACUGUAACUUCUUCUCAUCAUCGCCAAGAGAUGGUAUUGAAGAAGUGAAGCCCAUGUUUUGAUACUCAUGUUAUUAAGAGUUUGAGGCCUUCUUGUAAAUAAAUGUUAUGCUUUUGCAUACUACUCUUGUGAUUCUAGGUAUCACUUGCAGUAAUUGAUCCACAGAAUUUUGCUUUGUGAAAAAUGAGAAUUAGUACUAGUAUUUUUUGCUGUUUUUACUAUUGGGCAUGUACAUGCACCAACCACUACCAAAAUAGACCGGCCACAUGCUAUUGUCGUGUUUAUGGAUGGAAACAUUAAUAUACGUUUCAAAUGGAUGAUUUACAAAGGUAUUCCACUAAGUUUAUUAUGAAG